UGCGGCGUUGAUAAAAUCGAUGGAACAGUUGCGCAAAGGGCUGGAAGAGUUGAAACCAAGUAAUUACCUGGCUCUCCAUGCGCUGCCAGGAUAUGGUAAAUCAACUUUGGUCAGUGAAACUUUACAGGACGAUGAUCUUGCUACUGAUUUAUUCCAGAAGGAAAUGUACUGGAUUAAAUUUGGAUCGGAACAAUCAGUCGCAGAGAACAUACUCACUCAGUUGAACAUGCUUUUUCACCGAGUGAGAAAUCUGGAUCUGUUGACAGAACCGACUAGUGAAGACUCUCUCAAAUAUUUUCUGAGGCACCAUUUUUCCAAACAUAAUCAUGCCCUGUUAAUACUGGACGAUGUUAAUCGGCGCGAAAUUAUCGAAGCAUUUGAUUUUGGAUGCAAGACUCUUGUCUUGACAACUGACACAGACAUACUGAGAGGAAAAAAAUGCGAUAUCAUUGAGAUGAACGAGGGCUUCACCCCGAAAGAAUCGCUUGCCUUGUUUGCCAAAGCUAUCGGUGUCGAUGCCUCGGAGCUGCCCAAACAGGCUCGCCAGAUACACGAGGAAUGCAAGGGAAUGCCUCUUAUGAUCGCGAUGUUUUCAGCCCAAUUUGAAGAUGUCAAAGAGAGUCUUAUCGAAGGUGAUAAAAGGGCUGACACGUGGUCUUACUACCUCGAUGCAUUGAAGAAGAAGAAAUCUGCCGUUUUGCAAGAGAGUCUCGACAAGUUGAAAGCGAUAUUCGAAAUGUGCAUAAAUAAGCUUUCCAAAGACGAAAUACAUUACUAUGAAACGUUUGCUAUAUUCCCUGAAGACUGUUAG